UACUGAUACUAGCAGUAUUGCAGGAAAAGUUUGAUAUUCAUUUUCGUAAAACUGUGUAUCAGGAAAAAACGCAGUACAAUGGCGAAUACGUAUGUUGUUAUUGCUGCAUCCGUUUUGUUCUGCAUUGGAUUAAUUGGAAAUUCUAUCACCGUCUGUUUUGUUGCUGUAUCCAAACGGCUGCACACUCCAACAUACGUCCUGAUUGGUUGCCUAGCAGUGUCUGACGUACUCGUCUCCGUGACGCGAUAUGUUCAGAUAUUUGAAAAAUCUUUUUUUAAAGAAUAUACACAAAUAUAUAUAUAUUGGACAUUUAGCUUUUUGUUUCUUCAUUCGGCAUUUUUCCAUAUGGUGUUAGUGUCAUAUGUACGUUUUGUUUUCAUUACAAAUCCUCUUCGCAGUUUGAUACUGACUUGUAAAAAAAUUCUGUGGAUGUCUUUUGCCAUUUGGAUAAGCUCUAUUGUCGUUUCCAUCGGAUACGGAACAUUUAAAGUGCUAAAAAUAAUGAACAUAAAAUCUUUCAAAAGUGCAGAUUUUGCUGAGGUUGGGUUUGGCUUGUAUAUUUGUGGAUUGCCAUUUAUUAUUGUAGUUUUCAAUGUUCGAAAGCUGUAUUAUUUGUAUAACCAAACAGCUUCUGUUCUAUGGGCCAGAAUAGCAAACUCAAUGUCGUUGUUGUUUUGCAUUAUCAUUGUGAUUUAUCUCCUUAGCACAAUCUAUCCUUUAAUUUACACAAUAAACUAUGCAUUGUUAAACAGUUCCUUUCUAGAUAGUAGCUUAGACAUAGUUCAUGAUAUGUUUUCUUUUUCGUUGCUUGUCAAUACUUAUGUGAAUCCUUUGAUAUAUUUCAUGUUUUCACCCCCUAUUUAA